ACUUCAGAGUCUGACCAAUAAACAGCUCGUUCGAUAAUAGGGGCUUAAUUCUCUGACAGUGAUCCGCGAGAAGUAAAGCUCUCAUGGAGGCGUCAGGCAUGUAUCUGGCAUGUAUCUGGACCGGUGACAUCGGAUCGGAAUACACAAUCUCUUCCAAUUGAGACAGUGUAUUUUUCAACAUAUUCCAUGCUGUAUCCAAACGCCUUAGUCGAUUCUGAAUGCGGGAUCGCUAUGGGCUUUGCUGUGCUCUCAGAUGCGGUGAUCUCAGAAAACCCUGAAGAUCUUGGCGUCCUUACACCAGGACAUUUUCUAAUUGGUCGUCCGCUAAUGGAGUUUCCCGAGCCAGACGUUACGAAUCUAAACUUUAACAGACUAGAUUGCUGGCAAAGAGUCGUCUGUGCUCAGCAGAUCUUUUGGAAGCGUUGGAGUGAGGAGUAUUUGACACUGCUCCAACAACGUGCCAAAUGGCGCACCCCGCAGCCAUCGAUCCAAGUCAACGACAUCGUCUGUAUCAAGGACGAAAACUUGCCGCCGUUGAAGUGGCCAUUAGAACGGGUGAUCGACAUCAUUGCUGGAGCUGAUGGCACUGUGCGAGUUGCCAUCCUGAGAACACCAUCUGUAACCACUCGUCGAGCUGUCAACAAGCUGUGCGUCCUACCCGUUGAGGAUCCUGUUAAAAACCCUGGUCUUUCAACGGGGGGUAGUAUGUUCGGAGCAGCAGCUGUUCAUAGAUCUCAACAAAUUAAUAUCAUAUAGUCAUAUAUCAUCUCUUAUACUAAAAAUCGCUCUCUCAGUACGCUCCCGUACACACGCACAUAUGUCAGUACUGCUUAUAGUGCAUUGCUUCGCCCUGUUCUCGUAGCAGUCCAAAUAUUUGUCGAACGCAUCGAGUCGUAGUUCACGGCCACGGCCUCAAAACCUU